AUGGCAAGUACAGCAACAACAACGACGGUUGAAACAGCAUUAUGUAUAAUACCACCCGAGAAUGUUUGGGAACAAAUUCAAACUAUUCGUUCAAUACAUGAUAAGGCCUAUCCACGUUGGAUGCCACAUAUUAAUUUAAUUUAUCCAUUUGUACCUGAGAAUAAUUUUGAUAAUAUUAAAGUACAAUUAGAAUUAAUUUGUAAUCGAAGAAAACCAUUUCAAAUUCAAUUCAAUCAAUCAUCAUUCGAAUAUUUUAAACAACGAGGUGAACUAUGUACAUAUCAUUUACGACCAACAACGUCUACUGAUAUUGUAGAACUUCAAAAAUCAAUUCAAAAUCAAUUAUCAAAUAUAAUUAAAACAAAACGUGCAUUUGAAGCACAUCUUACACUUGGUCAAACGACAGCAUCGGAAAUAUCGAAUACAUUAAUUGAUGUAAAGAACAAAUGGACAACAAUUGAAUUUACUGUCGAUCGUAUUUAUAUGAUUAGCCGAGAAAAUCAUCUAGAUAAUUUAUUUACAAUUAAACGAGAAAUUUUAUUAUUAUCUCAAGAAGAAUCUAUUCCUCUUGCAAUAUCAAAUAAACCAUCGGUAAUAAAUUAUCUAUGUAUUAUUCCAACAAAUGAAUUUUCUUCAUUUCUCCUACGUUUAUUUGAACAUACAUCAUUUCAACCAUUAAAACCAUUUCGACUUAUUCUUGCCGAAUAUGAAGCUGGCCCUGUUAAUACUGAUUUACGUUCAAAACUUGAAUCAACAUUGAAAUUUACAAUUAAUUUUACUCAAGAUUCAAUUAACUAUGAUGAAACAACUUCACGUGUUUAUUUAAAACCAACAAAUAUAGAACCAAUUCAUCAAUUAAAUAUACUUGAUGAUAGUAAAUAUGAUGGUACAUUAACUUUAGGAAUAUUACAUAAAGAUGAUUUUAAUAAAGUUAAUGAUCGUUUUAUGAAGAAUUGGACAAUUGAUACAAAUCAAUUUGAAAUUGAUCGAAUAUAUCUAAUUGAUAUAAAAGGACGUUCUCAAUUUAUUUUUCGAUUAAAAAAUUAA